GGUUGUUAUGUAAUUAUAAAUAUUUUAAGGGAAGAAAAUGAAAAAUAAAAACAUUUUGGGGCAAAAGAUAAACACGAAAAAAUAAUGGAAUCGAUAAACAGAUUUUCGAUAGCAUCGGCAGAUUUGGAUCAAAACCCUAAUUCUCCAGUUCAAUCUUCGGAAGAUGGCAAGCCUGUGGCGAGCAGUAAUCGGCGGUCAGAACAACAAUUCCGAAGACUACGGAGGCGUAGAGUUCUGGUCAAACCCAGAACGAACCGGCUGGCUCACGAAACAAGGAGAGUACAUCAAGACUUGGCGACGCCGAUGGUUCGUGCUCAAACAAGGGAAACUCUUCUGGUUCAAAGACUCCGACGUCACGCGUGUGUCACGCCCUCGCGGUGUCGUCCCCGUAGAAUCGUGCUUAACCGCUAAAGGAGCAGAGGAUGUACUCAACAAGCAAAACGCGUUCGAGCUAUCGACGAGAAAUGAGACUAUGUACUUCAUUGCUGAUUCGGAGAAGGAGAAAGAAGAUUGGAUCAAUUCCAUUGGACGUUCCAUCGUGCAAAACUCCAGAUCCGUUACCGAUUCUGAGAUCGUUGAUUACGAUAACAAACACUAAAGUUUCUCUGUUUUUGUCUUUUGUCAAAGUGAUUAUGAUCACAGCUUUCAUUGAUGGAGUCUUAAAUGUAAAUCUUACAAAAUCAAGAAAUGAAAAGCUUUGUCUCUGCUUGAAAACAUGAACUCAUAUCCGAAAAACAUAUAAUAUAAAACCUAAUUCUUCAAGGGCAACG